AUCAUCAUAUUCGAAAAAUUUAUUAAAAGAAUUAUAUCAAUCAUCAAUGAUUAAUGGUCAACAAAACAGUAGUAUACAUUAUUCAUCAUCAAAAUCAAUUGUAUCACAUAAUCACAAUGAUCGUCUUAUUAUCCAUGAUAAUAAUGAUGAUAAUGGAUUUCAACGAACAUGGAAAUCAAAUUUCCACAAUUCAACAACAACAACCACAACAGAAGAAACAUUGACGUUGAUGACGACAACGGAAUCAAUAUUAAAUAAAAAUAAUAAUGAUAAUGAUAAUGAUAAUUUUAUUGAUUAUGAAUGGUCAACGUUGCGACCAUCUACGACAAUAUCACUGAAAAAUGAUUCAAAUAAUAAUGAUAAUAAUGAUUGGCCAAAUUUUGGAUUUAAUCACAGUAGUGAUAAUGAUUUAUGGAAAAAUUAUUGUACAAAUUUAGCGACAAAUACCGAUACAAAUAUCGAAACAUCAGCAGCAGCAUGUUUAUUAAGAAUGUCUACGUUUGAUAAUGUUAAUAAUAAUGCUACAACAAUGGCAACAACAUCCGGUAUGAAUUUAACGGCAACAACAAUGAUGAUAAUCAAUGAUCAUCAUCAAAUUGAUCUUGAACAUGAACGUGUUUAUUGGGCAUUAAUAUUGAUUAUAUUACCAAUAUUGGCAUUGUUUGGAAAUUUUCUCGUCAUUUUAAGUGUUUAUCGUGAACGAAGCCUACAGACUGUUACGAAUUGGUUUAUUGUAAGUCUUGCAUUUGCCGAUCUAUUUGUUGCUAUACCGAUGCUAUUUUCAACGUAUGUUAUGGUGAAUGUCGAUUGGCAAUUAAGCGAAACAAUAUGCGAUCUUUAUAUUGCCACGGAUGUUAUCUGUAGUACAGCAUCCAUAUUCAAUUUGGUUGCCAUCAGUUUUGAUCGAUAUAUUGCCGUUACACAUCCAAUAUUUUAUUCAAAACAUAAAAACGAUAAACGUGUUAUAAUUACAAUCAUUUUAGUAUGGAUGGCAUCAUUCGGUGUUGGAUUACCAAUCAUGCUUGGUGCAAAUACAUCACCAGAACGUAUACCUGAAUUAUGUAUAUUUUAUAAUUCAAAUUUUAUUAUAUAUUCAUCAUUAUGGUCAUUCUAUGUACCUUGUGUUAUGAUGGUUAUAUUAUAUUAUAAAAUUUUCAAAGCAAUACAUGAUCGUGCCAAGAAAAAAAUGGAUCAUAUUGGUAGUAGUUCCGGUGAUGGUGUUGGUGGUCAUCAGAAAAAAUCAAUCACAACCGGAAAUAAUCAAAAUAAUAAACUUUAUACAGCUGCAAAAAAUAUACUUGGUAUUGAAUCAACAAAAACAUUGGAAUCAAUUUCAUUGAGUAAACAAUUACAGAUUUGUCCAACAACAACAGUAACAACAAAAUUAGAUAAACGACAUCAACAACAACAACAACAAUCACCGCAGCUACAGAUUCAUAUACCAAAUCAAGAUCUGAAUAUUAAAAAUCAUAUUUCAACAACAGCAACUACAACAACAACAUUACCAACUCGACGUAAAAAAAUGACAAAAAUUCGAAUAAAUAUUGAUAAUAAUGAUGAUGAAGAUGAUGAUGAUGAUCAUGGAAAAUUAGUUGAUCCAUCAACCAAUGGACCAAAUUGUGGUGGUAGUAGUGAGGGUGUUAUAGGAACAAAUAUAAAUGAUGGUGGUACAACAACCGGUGAUGGUAGUGGCGGUAGUGGUAAUACCGGUGGUAUUAAUGAUAUCACAAUUCAUAAUAAUAAUAACAACAAUAGCAGCAAUAUUAUCGAUGAUGAUGGUUAUCCAAAGAAAAAAUCUCGUUUUAAUCUGGGUAGAAAACAUAAAUCAAGUCGUAAAAAAAGGGAAAAAGUAUCGGCACGCCGUGAACGUAAAGCAACAAAAACAUUGGCCAUUGUUUUAGGUGUUUUUCUACUUUGUUGGACACCAUUCUUUAGCUGUAAUAUUUUGGAUGCAAUUUGCAUAAAAUUACAUGAAAAUCAUUUUAUACAAUCAGAUUGUCGCCCUGGUAUGACGGCAUUUUUGUUGACCACUUGGCUUGGAUACAUGAAUAGCUGUGCCAAUCCUCUCAUCUAUACAAUUUUCAAUACAGAAUUUCGAAAAGCAUUCCGUAAAAUAUUAUGUAAUUCAUAGCCUGUAGCAAAAUAUUGUGGAUGCUGUUGGUAGUUUAAAUAAUAAUGAUCAACAACAACAACAA